ACUCUUUUCAGACAAGGUGGUGUCCGCUCCCUCCGCUCCAGAAUCACUGAAAGCUUCAGUUGUUGUUAUGGAGCUCAGCUCAGGAGUCAGGGGAAACGUUUAGUCCGAGUUUCAGUUCUCUCGCUGGCUGGAGUGAGUCUGAAGCGGCUGGGAAAGAGUCAGGUCAAAAGAGUUUGAUGUGUUUCAAACUAGAGCGAGGCAGAGUUUUACAGGUGAAUUAAGAAGACCUGACGGCGUCGGCGGCAUCGUUGACGUGGGGGGUUUUGGGUCAACGGAGGUGUGGAGAUGGCAGAAACCGAAGAUGAGGAGGAAGAACAACCUACCAGGGAUGAAGAUGCAGCGUUGUUGGGACCAGGUGAAGGUGUGGAGGUUAGGACCCUCAGAGACGCUGAGAGGGCGCUUAAUACAACUUCGAUCCUUUUCUGGUUUCCCUCCCCUGCUUCAGAAUGUCUUCAUGCUUCAGCGUCAUUUCCGUUUCCCCCUGAAGUGGAAUUGAGGGCAUCACUGCGAUAAAAGAGAUGAAUGAGGGCCGCUCUGCUCUCCUCAGAAGGUGUCACCUCAUCCUGUCCAAGUCAGACUCUCCUGACUCUGCCAAAGCCGGGCUGUCUGUGGACUCUGGAGAUGGAGCAAACGCUCAGGCGGAGAACGAUGCUUCCUUCCCGCUCUCUGAGAUCUCAAACCUGUUUGAAAACGAGGAUGCCUCUCAGCCAGGACAUGACACGAGUCAGGAGUCGGCACUGGAGCCGCCUCAGACUGACCAGCCCUCAGACAACAGGCACAACCUGCGGAUGAAAUUCCAGGGUGCUUUCAAAAAGGGCAUUUCCACCCCUAUGGAUCUGCUGGAAACCACCAUAUAUGAGUCAAGUGUGGUCCCAGGCCCCAAAAAAGCACCCAUGGACUCUCUGUUUGAUUAUGGAACGUACGGAAAUGCAAGCAACCAGAAGAAACGCAGGAAAAAGCUCCCAAGAGGGAAAACGGAGGGUUCAGGUGAUGAUGGUCAAAGCGUUGACCCCCCAAAAGUAAUGAAAAUCUUCAAUCGCUCUCUGCUGUUUGAGUGUGUGUCACGUGGGGAACCAGAGGCCCUCGAGGGCCUGCAGGAGUACCUGCAGGAUCAGCAGAAGAGGUUAACAGAUGAGGAGUUUAGAGAGCCCUCCACGGGGAAAACAUGUCUGCCUAAAGCCCUGCUGAACCUGUAUGGGGGUCAAAACAACACCAUCCCACUGCUGGUGGACAUUGCAGAGAGGACCGGAAACCUCAGGGAGUUUAUUAAUACUCCAUUUAGGGAUCUCUAUUACAGAGGCCAGACGGCACUCCACAUUGCCAUUGAGCGACGCUGUAAACAGUACGUGGAACUGCUGGUGGAGAAGGGAGCUGAUGUUCACGCCCAGGCAAGGGGUCGCUUCUUCCAGCCCAGAGACGAGGGGGGGUACUUCUACUUUGGUGAGCUGCCCCUCUCCCUCGCCGCAUGUACUAACCAGCCCAACAUAGUGCACUACCUGACAGAGAACCCGCACAAGAAGGCCGACCUGCGACGCCAGGACUCACGAGGAAACACAGUGCUGCACGCACUAGUUCACAUUGCAGACAACACCAAGGACAACACCCGUUUCCUCACAAAGAUGUACGACAUGCUGCUCGUUAAGUGCACCAAGCUCUACCCAGACUGCAGCCUGGAGAAGAUCCUCAACAACGACGGCAUGUCACCUCUCAUGAUGGCCGCCAAACUUGGCAAAACAGGGGUUUUCCAGCACAUUAUCCAACGAGAGAUUAAGGAUGAGGAAGUUCGUCACCUGUCGCGUAAGUUUAAGGACUGGGCGUAUGGUCCGGUGUACUCCUCGCUUUAUGACCUGUCUUACGUGGACACAUGUGGGGAGGAGCCGUCUGUGCUGGAAAUCCUCGUUUACAACAGCCGCAAUGAGAACCGCCAUGAGAUGCUGGCUGUGGAGCCUUUCAACGAGCUGCUGAGGGCCAAAUGGCAGAAGUUUGCUGCCGCCACCUUUUACAUCAGUGUGAUAUCCUACCUCAUCUCCAUGAUCAUCUUCACCUUAGUGGCUUAUUUCCACCCAACAGAAGGAACGGUGUGUCCUCCAUACCCCUACACCACCUCCUCUGACUACCUGCGGAUGGCUGGUGAGAUUGUAAUCCUGGCAUCAGGAGUCUUCUUCUUCCUCACUAAUAUUAAGGAAGUCUUCCUGAAGAAGUGGCCUGAGGUGAAGUCUUUGUUUAUGGAUGGAUCUUUUCAGCUGCUGUAUUUCCUCUACUCUGUCCUGAUUAUCAUCACAGCUGCUCUUUACCUGUCUGGCGUUAAGGAUUACAUCGCCGUCAUGGUCUUUGCUCUUGUCCUGGGUUGGAUGAACACACUUUACUUCACCAGAGGCCUGAAGCUCACUGGAACAUACAGCAUCAUGAUACAGAAGAUUCUUUUUAAAGACCUUUUCAGGUUUCUGUUGGUCUAUUUUCUCUUCAUGAUUGGGUACGCUUCAGCCUUGGUGUCUCUCCUACCCGUUUGCCCUACGUUGUGUAACGAUAGCUGUCUCACCUACCCAAAGUGCAGGGACCCAGACACUUUCAGUACUUUCCUACUGGACCUGUUCAAGCUGACCAUUGGGAUAGGUGAGCUGGAUGUGCUCUAUAGUGCACGAUACCCAGCGGCCUUCCUCAUCCUCUUAGUCACCUACAUUAUCCUCACCUUUGUGCUGCUACUCAACAUGUUGAUUGCCUUGAUGGGGCAGACUGUGGGACAGGUGUCCAAGGAGAGCAAGAAGAUCUGGAAGCUUCAGUGGGCCAAGACCAUUUUGGAUAUAGAGCGUUCUUUUCCAGUCUGUAUUAGAAAGUCUUUUCGAGCUGGAGAGAUGGUCACUGUGGGAAAGAACUGGGAUGGCACUCCAGAUCGACGUUGGUGUUUCAGGGUGGAUGAGGUUAACUGGUGUCACUGGAACCAGAACCUGGCAAUAAUCAACGAGGAUCCAGGUAAAAGUGAGACCAGCCAAACCACUGGGUCACAUCCAGGUGGCAGAUCCUUGAGGAGAGAUCGCUGGACUACGGUGGUCCCGCGAGUGGUGGAGUUAAGUAAAAGUCCUCGAGCGAGCGAGUUGGUGGUAGAGAUGGAGCCGCUGUCAUUCAGACACUGACAGCUUCAGUCAUAAUAUAGGGUGUAGACGAAAAGAAGACAUUACAAAUAUCGCUGAUGCUAUUAGUUUGUAGGUAGAUGAAAUAAAUGCAACACUUUACUAGAGAUGGAAUAAAAUGUUAUGAGAUAGGACUACUGGAGGUAGGCACCUGCUCCCGGCGACCCUGCUUGGACAAGCAGGUAUAGGCGAUAGAUGGAUGGAUGGAUAUCUACUCUAAAUACAGAUGAAAACACUAAAAACUUGAUUUAGAAUUCAAACUGAAUUUAGUGUUUUAAGAACCCACAGAAAACCCAUUUCCAGACGGUUCUGUGCCUUUGCAUCAGUGGGCGACCGACCACUCAGGGACUUUAACAUCCACGGCUCUUGUUGGGUUUUCUAACAUGUUUUUUAUGGUAUAAUCGUAUUAGCUCUGCAAUCACACACACACACACACACACACACACAUAUAUAAACACGUUAGUAGAUAUAUUUUAAUACAUUUUUAGAUUUAGAAAUUAAAAAUCAACUUUGCUUGCCUUACAUUUCAUUCAAGUUUGUCGUAAAGAUGAACUUUUUUAUGAUGUUUGCUUUUAAGGUGGAGUGAUCCAGAUUGUAGAAAUUAUUUAUAUAUUACACAAGUAUAUAUUUUCUCUGUUCUGUAUUAAUUAAAUACUCUACUUUGAAAGGCACGGGCUGGAGCUACCAGCUCAGGCAGAACAGCUGUCAUUUGAGCAGCAACAAUGCUCUAUGCCAGUUUGUGAUGUGUGCAUUAUUAUAUGAACACAAAGACAGUAUUCUGCACAAGAUGGGCAUGAUGAGCAGGUUAGAGUUGUCAAACAAAUAUGCAAAUGUGGGACAAUAGUCCUUCGUGUUAGGGAUUGUCUUUGAAUUUGCAGAGUUAUUGUUCCUUUGCAGCUGGGGUGUUUGCAUAAUCAGCUCUUGCCAUUAUGCACUCCCCCCUUUGCUGCAGCGUUUUCAUCACAGUUGGCUCUUUGCCCCACAAAGCUUUAAUUUUUGUUUAUUUUUUGUGCGUAGCAAAGUAGCAUAUGUGUGUGUUAUUGUGCUGCAGGUCAUUUUCUUAAAUUCUCUUUAGUUUGAAGGUCACAGGUCAUUGUGCUCUGUUUACAUUUCCAUGCAUUGUUUUAUUUUGCAUUUUUACAUUCUGUCUUUUUUUUCAUUUUUGUUUAUAAUUUUUGUACAUAGCAUCACAGAGAAGUAAACACUGGUCAUGUUUAAUAUC